AUGACUAGCAAGGAAAGGAUUCUUACAGAGGAUCAGCUGCUUCUUCAGGAUAUUAACACCAGAAACAGCAGAGUCAGGAUGCAGGGCUACGACUCAGACUCGUUAGUUGAGGAUUCAUCAGACGAAGAAGCCAACUCCGGUGACGAAAAAACCGAGAGAACGGGUGAAAAGGCCGACGAUAAUGACGAUAUGUUUGCUUCAGAUACUGAGACGAAACAGACGCGGAAACCCAACACGCUGGAUUUGGACGAGUUUGAAAAGAACCUUGGCGAGGACGUUGAGGUUGAGCUGGCAAACCUUAAAGGGGGCCUAGGCGAUGCAGCAAACACUUCUGAGUCUGAAGAUGAUACCAUAGACAAGUCAGCUAUGUAUGCCUAUUUCAACAAUCCUGAAGAAGAGGUGCGAGAUGUCGAUCGGGCGAAGAUCAAGCGAUCCAGAGGGCCCAAGAUCGAGAAAUUUAAUCUGCAAAAGGAAGCCAAAGAAGGCGUUUUUGAUGAAUCGGGUAAUUUCAUACGAAACAAGAGAAACUCAGACAAAGAAGGCAAUGACGAUGAUGAUGACGAUGAUGACGACGAUGACGAAGAAGAAGCUCUGAAGAAUUCCAAGGACUCGUGGCUCCAAGGUCUCGAUAAGGCUAGCAUUGCCAAGGCGCGUGAAGCUGAAACUCAUAGAAAAGAAGAAAGGGAAAAAAAACUCAAAUCUGAAAGAGAUGCCAUGCUGUCGAUGGACCUCAAGGACGUCUUCGCGGGUCUCAUUGAACUUCUACAGCCCGCCGAAAGUAUUAUGGAAGCUCUUCAACGGCUACAAGGAAGCAGAAAGGUACUUCAGAAGAAGAAUAAGAAGCAGAAGGUCAAAAGUAACCAGGAAGAGCAGUUAAUCAAGAUCAAGAUUCAGACGAUCACUGAUAAUUCCGAGUUUCUCACGAAAAAAGCCUACAGAAACGUGCACGGUCUCACCAGAGAAGAACUUAUGCGUAUGUACUCGCGAGCUGCAGGAAAGCCGUACGAAAAUGGGAAGAAGAGAGGAUAUGACGAGUCAUUUGAUCAAGACGAAGAGGAGGAUGAUCACCCAGAUGAGGCACAUCCUCGAAUUUGGGAGUACAAAUGGCAAGAUAACGAGGAAGUGUACGGUCCGUUCACAACAGAGGAAAUGGCAUACUGGUCUGAGUCCUACUUUGUUGACCAGAAUGUUAUUGCCAGAAAGGUAGGAGAUAACGGCCAGUUUGUAGAUAUCAGUCUUAUCAGCUUUAAGUGA